GCCAAGAUCACGCCAUUAUGCUCCAGCCUAGGCAACAAGAGUGAAACUCUGUCUCAAAAAAAAAAAAAAUUAAUCUAUAUGUUCAUACAUAUUGCCUUUCAUAUAACUAAAAUCAAAUUUCUUUCUUCCUUUCUUGCCUGGUUCUCUCUCCUUCCCAUUUUGUUCCAAGAUAACCAUGUCGUAUAUAUAUCCUUCCAUAUUUUUCCUCAUACUUGCAUGAUUAUCCUAUCUGUUUUUGUUUAUUUAUAUAUUUUAAGAUAGGAUCUUGCUUUGUUGCCAGGCUGGUCUUGAACUCCUGGGAUCAAAGGAUCCUCCCACCUCAGCCUAGUAUCUGGAAAUUAUUCUAAUAGACUAGAAGGUAAAUGGAGUUGAGACGAAUUUUAAUGUGUGGCUUUGGGGAUGGCGGUUGGAAAGUAAAGGCCAUUUUGGCAAUAGAUUUUUAUCUUUAAAGUGAAUAUCCACUUGGUUGCAAGAGGAUUAAUUAUAGGAAUCUCUUCCUCUUGUAGUCUCUCAGCUUGAACAGAUAAAUAUAGAGCACCAGUGCUCAGAGAGGGAAUGCUGUAGAGAACGUGUGGGUAGCUGCUGUAGUUUUACACAGCAGAUAACAUCUAGAAUAAAGAACAGAUGAAAAUACUCAUUGAGGAUUAGCGUUCUUGAAACAUCAUCAAAUGGAACAUUCCCCAAGCCUAGCAUUCAGAGCCAUUCAUAAUCUUGCUCAUCUUGCAUGUCUGAUAAUAUCUCCUAUCGAGCCCAACAUACUUUUCCCUAAUCCCACUUUACUCGCUGCCUGCUGCAUUCAUUCCUAGUGCCAGACAUUUGUUUUAUCCUUUCGAAGAUACAUCUCUGCCUUUCUACAUUCCUGAUUACAAUCUGUCUUUUCAGUACUCCACUCAAGUGUCACCGCCUUCAUGAAGCCUCUUUGCUUUCUCUAGACCACAUUGAUCCUUUUUAUCUCUUAACUCCUAGAGUACUGAUACUUUGAAUUCUUCGUAUUGGUUCCCGAGUAUGUAUUUGUGUAGCAGUAGGAAGUGUUUUUUGAGUGCCUCUUGUAUGGGAAGCACUAUGGUAAAUAUUGGGUUUAUAGGAAUGAACACGACAGAUAAUGUCCCUGUCCUUAAGAAGUUUUAUAUUCUUGUGGGGAGAGACAGCUAAUAAAUAAUUAACAAGAAAAUAUCAGUAAGAAUCUGAUGAAAAAAUGUAUGAAGAAUGAAUCAGAGCUCUUAGUUGAAACGGCAAAGCCCAGUAGUUUAUUUAAGCAGAAUUAAAAAAAAAAAAUUUUUUUUUAAAAUCUAAUAAGAUAGCUCACAGAAUCUUCACGGAUGCCAGAGAAUCAGUCUUGGCGUCUACUUAGCUAGGAAAAAUGCCCAAAUUAUACCACUGGACCAAAUCAUUGGAGACUACUGCUUUUGCCACUGGGAAUAGGUAUUAGAACUUGUAACUGUUUGUGCUGAGUGUGAGAUGCCACUGCUAGGACCUCUGCUAUUUCUGCUUCUGAAAGAAUGCUGAUAUAACUCUGAAAUGUUCUUUAGAAUGGAUUUCACAUGGCGUUUCCAUUAUAUCACUUGCCUCCUAAUGAAUAUCAUGUGAAUGUGUUUUAUUGGCAUAAUAUAGGUCAAUUACCUGCUCCCGGUUUGCAAGACAGGAUGGGUAACUGAAUUUCUGACUUUUAUUUUGAGGAGGUAGGAUUUAAGGGAUGAGAAAUUCGCCAAACAAGAAAGGCUGUUUAAAGGUACUGAAUACUUAACUAGUUGAUUAUUAAUAAACUAUGGGAAAUUUGAUACAGUGGAGUGAUUGGAGGAUUAAUUUAGAUUUGAGUAGUCAGAGAAGAUUUCUCUAAGUUCAUGAUACUUAAGCUGAGACAUAUAUGACAAGGGGAAAUCCAUGUAAAGAUACGGGUGAAGAGGAACAAUACAGUCAGGAUGGCUAAAGGUGACUUCAAGAAACCAAAGGGCAAGAUGUCUGCUUAUGCCUUCUUUGUGCAGAUGUGCAGAGAAGAACAUAAGAAGAAAAACCCAGAGGUCCCUGUCAAUUUUGCAGAAGUUUCCAAGAAGUGCUCUGAGAGGUAGAAGAUGAUGUCUGGGAAAGAGAAAUCUAAAUUUGAUGAAAUGGCAAAGGCGGAUAAAGUGCGCUAUGAUCGGGAAAUGAAGGAUUAUGGACCAGCUAAGGGAGGCAAGAAGAAGGAGGAUCCUAAUGCUGCCAAAAGGCCGCCGUCUGGAUUCUUCCUGUUCUGUUCAGAAUUCCGCCCCAAGAUCAAAUCCACAAACCCCGGCAUCUCUAUUGGAGACAUGGCAAAAAAGCUGGGUGAGAUGUGGAAGAAUUUAAAUGACAGUGAAAAGCAGCCUUACAUCACUAAGGCAGCAAAGCUGAAGGAGAAGUAUGAGAAGGAUGUUGCUGACUUUAAGUCAAAAGGAAAGUUUGAUGGUGCAAAGGGUCCUGCUAAAGUUGCCUGGAAAAAGGUGGAAGAGGAAGAUGAAGAAGAGGAGGAGGAAGAAGAGGAGGAGGAGGAGGAGGAUGAAUGAAGAAACUGUUUAUCUGUC